AUGAAUAAUGAUGAUAUCCAACUAAAUCAGUUAAAGAAUAGUCACAAUAAGUAUAAUAAUGGAGUUAAGUUAAAUGCUGUUGCUAAUAAUAUUGAUGAUGAUAGUGAUAAUGACUUUGAGGAUAGUCAAUAUCUGAUAUUUUUAAAAUCAUUAAAUAAUGAAAAUUUGAUUCAUCAUAUUAAUCAUAUAAGUCAAACACAAUCCCAAACUCAAAAUUUAACUAUUAAUAAAAGUCCAGAAUUUAAGCAUCCUUCAUUUCAAGAUAAUUCUACACCUAAAAAGUUACCUUCUAUAUUAACAUCAGUAAGUUCAGAUCCGUUUGAUGAUGAUUUAGAUAUUAAUUUGAUUAUUAAUAAUUCAAAAGACAAGCAAACAGAAGAGGAAAAUAAACAGGGAGAAGGUGUAAUAAAUAAUGAAGACAAUGAAGACCAUGGUGACCAUGGUGACAAUGAUGACAAUGAUCCUAAAAUAAUUGAAAAAAAAAAUUCACCAGAUGAUGAGUUUAGUGAUUCAGAUUCUGCAAGUGAUAAAGACGAAUCAGCAAUAGGUAAAUUGCAUGAAUUUGGAGAUUACAAAACAUAUUUUGAUUCAAAACACAUGAAACAACAACGUCAAGAUGAAGCUUAUGUAAAAUGGGAUAAACAAAGAAGAAAAGAUCAAAAUUUAGAUUUAGAACCAACUUCAAUUUUUAAAAAUUGUUCUAUUUUCGUUAAUGGUCAUACAAAACCUUCAAUUAAUGAAAUUCAUAGAUUAGUUAUAUUACAUGGUGGGAAAUUUUUAAGUUAUUUACCAAAUAAAUCAAGUGCUACGCAUAUUAUAUGUGAUAGAUUAACUCCAAGAAAAAAUAUAAUGUUUAAAAAUUGUAGAGUUGUUAAAGCAAAAUGGAUUGUUGAUUGUGUUGAAGCAAAUGAAUUAUUAGAUUGGCAAAAAUAUAGAAUUAUAUUGGAUGUUGCUUUUGAUCAACAAAGAUUACUGUUUGGAAACACCAACAAAGAGUCAACUAUUGAUGAAAAUGAAAAUGAAAUAGAAAAAGGAGAAGCUAAUGAUGAAGUUCAAGCCUCAGAAUCAAAAGCAGUAGAAACUGGACUAAAAGAUGAUUUCAACAGUAAUAUGGUAGUCAAUUUCGAUGAUGAAGAUGAUGAGAUUCAAUCAACAUUAUUGAGACAAGAAGAAAAUAUUUUGGAAAAGUCGCAGCAAUUAGAAUUACUGCAAAACCAAGAUCAAACAAGUGAUGGUAUAGAUGAUAUUCCAAUAUUGGAUAAAAUCCCAUCUGCGGCAGAUAAAGGAGUUCAUCAAGUUAAAGGGAAAUUUGUUUUAGAUGCAAGACAUCCUGAUUUUUUAGCUGGAUUUUUUGCUAAUUCAAGAUUACAUCAUUUAAGUAUGUGGAAAUCAGAUUUAAGAUUAAAAUUUUUAAAGAGAAUCAUAAAAGAGAAUCUACAUAAAACUAAACAAACUCCUUUCUAUCAACCAAAUGAGAACAAAGAUCAAAAAAAAAUAAUAAUGCAUAUUGAUUUCGAUUGCUUCUUUGCAACUGCUUCAUGUUUAAAACACCCCAAUCUUGACAUAAAUAAAGAUGCAAUUGUUGUUGGUCAUGGUGGUAAAAGUUCAGAUGUUGCAAGUUGUAAUUAUGUUGCAAGAAAAUUUGGGAUAAGAAACGGUAUGUGGUUUAAGUCAGCUCAACAAUUAUGCCCAAAUUUACAUUUAUUAGAUUAUGAAUUUGAUUCUUAUGAAAAAUAUUCUGGUGAAUUUUAUAAUUAUUUGGUAACUAGUAAUUAUUUUGAUACAAUUUUUCCAGUGUCUAUUGAUGAAGUAUUGGUUGAUGCUACUUCAUAUUGUAAUAAUGCUGAAAAAAGUGUUGAAGAAGCUGUUGAUGAACUUAGUUCAAUAAUAAGAAAACACAUACAUCAAUUAACUAAUUGUUCAGUUAGUGUUGGAGUUGGUUCAAAUGUUUUAUUAGCUAAAAUUGCCUUGAAAAAAGCAAAACCAAAUGGUCAAUUUGCUUUAUUUGAUAAAAUAGAUGAAACUUUAGCUACAGUACCGGUAAAAGAUUUACCUGGUUUUGGUAAAGGUAUAUUGAUAAAAUUAGAACCUGAAUUUAAUAAAUCAUUUCCAAUCAUAGAAGAUGUUUUACCCGUGCCUAGACAAAGAUUAACUCAAAUCUUAGGUGAAAAAACAGGUACAAAAUUAUAUGAAUAUUCAAGGGGUAUAGAUCAUACAAGUAUCGAAAUCGAUACAUCAAAUCCAGAAAUGGUAUUAGGUAGAAAGUCAAUCUCAGUGGAUGUCAACUUUGGUAUUAGAUUUGAUACAGUUGAAGAAUUAGAUGAUUUUUUUAUUAGGAUAUCCAAAGAAAUGUAUUACAGAAUGAUCAACUUAGGUAUAGUUGGUUCAACAUUAACUUUAAGAUUAGCUAAGAGAAGAGAAGGUGCAAGUAUAGUAACUGCUAAAUUUUUAGGUUUAGGUGAAGUUGAUUUUAUCAAUAAGAGCUCAAGAUUAGGUGUUGCAACAAAUGAUUGGGGUGUAAUUGGUAAUGAAAUAAAAGUAUUAUACAGGAUGGUUAAUAUUCCAGUUACUGAUUUAAGAGGAAUUUCAAUAAGUAUUACAAAAUUAAAAGAUGCUGAUUUAAAUAAAUCUGCAAGACAAAUGCAAUUACCUUUUCAAAAAACCAAUAAAAAAUUACCACUGCUGGCAUUAACAGUUGCUUCUCCAUAUCGUGAUAAUGAUAGGAGAACUUAUCCAAGAAAAAAUUCAUCACCUUCAAAGUCAACCAACAAUUACAGAUCUUCAAAUAAUAAUAGCCCCAUCAAGAAACAAUCUAUGAAAAUAGACGAAAAAUUAAUAUUUAGCAAAGAGGAUAUAGCAAAAAGAAGAAAAAAAUCAACAUCUCCACCUUCAGUAGUAGAUCAAUUUGGAAACCUAGAUCAAAUUGAUUGGGAAAUGUUUGAAAUUUUACCACCAGAUAUUAAAAGAGAAUUAGAAAGUGAAUUAAGAAGAAGAGGUAUAUUACCAGAAUUUAAAACCAAUAACUUCAAAGGUAAAUCUUAUUUACAACAAUUAAUUCCAACUCAAGGUGGUAAUACUAAAUAUGUAAGAGUUAGAGAAUCACCAACUAAAUCACCACUGAAAAGAAAACAAACUCCAACUCCAUCACCAAUUAAAAAACCUAAAACUGAACCCAUUUAUGAAGAUUCACAAUCUUAUGAUUCAUCAGUUAUAAAUCAAUUACCAUCAUCUAUCAAAAAGGACGUAUUAAAAGAAAUAGAGUAUAAGAAAAAAAUUAAAAAAUAUAAUUUAUUACCUAUGAGAGAUAAGAUUAAUCAAAAAAUAGAACAAUCAAAAGUAGAAGUAGAAUUAAUAACAUCAGAUUGGAUAUCAACACAGCCAAAAAUCAUAAACUUACCUCCAUUUUUAAAUUUCGAGAAUAUAACAACUCGUCAACUUCGUCUUAAAAUAAAACAAUGGGUAACAACAUCAUUAGAUCAACAAGGUCCUCAUGAAGAUGAUAUUAUUUAUUUUCAGAUUUUUUUACAAAAGAUGAUAGAAUUAGGUCAAUUAAGUAGAGCUAUAUUGUUAGUGGAUUAUAUAAAGGAGUUGCUAGAGUAUCAUAAGUUGAUGAUUAAUUUUGAAACUUCGUCACAAGAUCAAUUUAGUGAUGGUCAAAAUAUGUUUUUUAUACUGGGUAUUGAUGAUUGGGACAUACAAUUAAACACUUUAUAUAAAUUUCUAGAACAAUACAACAGAAUGUAA